AUGCCGGUCGCCAGCUGCAGUCGCUGUAAGGUGGCUCGAGCCAAUGUGAAGCGCUCAAAGACGGCCGACUGCCUCUGCAAAGAGUGCUUCUUCUACUGCUUUGAGACGGAGAUUCAUGAGACAAUUACUAAGGGGCGGCUGUUCAAGCGCGGCGACACUGUGGCCAUCGGCGCCAGCGGCGGAAAAGACUCCACCGUGCUCGCCUACAUUCUCAAGCUGCUGAACGACCGCCACGACUACGGCCUCCACCUGCAGCUGCUGUCCAUCGACGAGGGCAUCACCGGCUACCGGGACGACUCGCUGGAGACGGUCAAACAGAAUGGCGUCGACUACGCCCUGCCCCUCCAAAUCCUCUCCUACGAGGACCUCUACGGCUGGACGAUGGACGAGAUCGUCCGAGCGACCGGCGUCCGCAACAACUGCACCUUCUGCGGCGUCUUUCGCCGCCAGGCCCUGGAACGCGGCGCCCAGCUGAUGAAGUGCUCGGUGAUAGCCACCGGCCACAACGCCGACGACAUCGCCGAGACGAUUCUGAUGAACAUUCUCCGCGGGGACAUUGCUCGCCUGGGUCGCUCCACGAACAUCAUCACCAACGAUAAUGAGGAGGAGGGCGAGGGAGGUGACCUGAGCUGGGGCAUUCCCCGCUGCAAACCGUUCAAGUACACCUACGAGAAGGAGAUCGUCCUCUACGCCCGCUUCAAGUCGCUCCUCUACUUCAGCACGGAGUGCAUCUACUCGCCGAACGCCUACCGCGGCCACGUGCGCGUCCACCUGAAGGAGCUGGAGAAGGUGAGGCCCUCGGUCAUCCUCGACAUCAUCCACUCGGGCGAGUGCCUGCAGGUGGCCCGGCCGGGGCGCCUUCCCACCAAAGGCGUCUGCGAGCGGUGCGCCUUCAUCAGCAGCCAGCGCGUCUGCAAGGCCUGCGUCCUCCUGCAGGGCCUCAACAGCGGCCGGCCCAAGCUCGGAAUCUGCAAGAGCUCGAAGCUUAGGGGCCUGAAGCGGGGCGAAGAGGGUGGGGAGGAUGUGAGCUAA